CAUUGGGGAAAACUAUUUCCAUCAUCGAGGCAUGAGUCCGACCGUUAUCACUAGGAUUAUCACCCAUUAUCCAUAUUCUUAUCAAGCAUCGCGUGCAUACCGGCUCUCUUACCACCGUCAACUAUACAAUCCCUCCUCUCAUAUCCAUCCUGGAUCGAGCUUGCUGCACCAGUCCGAGUUCCUCCGGAUAGUAAGGGCUUGGAUUCGUCGUAAGCCAGCUCACCUUGAAGCCCGUUGUUUGUUGGGCACGCCUAAUGCUGCCUUUAGAGAUUGAUUUGAAGACAAAGGAGGAGGCGAAGUUCAGCUACAUGGCUCGAAAAAAGUCGAAGGGCAAGAAGGGGAAGGGAAAGGGAAAAGCAAACACGCCUCAAUCGUCAAAAGCGGAAGGCCAGUUGACGCCCGAAAUAUCGACAGCCGAUCCCUUGAAAUGUGACCGCUCAUCAGUUCUUCCAGGAACUUUCCCUGCAACUCCUCCUACCACUUCUUCUGCGACUCUGCGUGCACCCGAAGUAUUGUCGCAGGAGAAAGCAGAGGCUGAAGCACCUGACACGCCCAGUGCUUCGAUAUCCAGUCCCUCAUCAGUCGGAGAGCCAUCUUCGCUUUCAGCAAUGGAGGAACCAUCCCAGGAGAAACCAGACGCUGAAGCACGAAAAGCGAGUACUGUAGAGAAGCUAGCAGCCGAGCUAGCUAAGCUAUCAGAGCUGAUCGAAUCCGUCAAAAACAUGCAAGCUGUGCAUCACGAUGGGAUUUAUUACCCAUUCCUCGUCUAUCAAGAGCCGUAUGAGUUAUCCCGAGCCAGUGCUAGUCGCAGUAUUCCAGGUCUCCAUAGUGCUCUCGCUAUAGGUGUGAUGGACUGCAAUCGCAUCGGUACUGUUCUCUCGAAGCUUGGGCCACUAGAGUUGCUUUCAGUGCGAAAUUAUUAUCGAGAUAUGUUCGGUAGGGAACUAAUGGAUGAUGUGAGGGAUAAUCGAUGUGGGUUGGUGGUCAGGCGAGACCCUGAAACCGAAUACCGGAUUUUGCCCGAGUAUUCUGAAGCAGGAAGCGUGGAGUAUGAUCGUAGGUCAAUGUCGCUUUUUAAAGCUGUGGGCCAGCCUGCCCAAGAGCAGAUGGAUACAUUGUCGCCGGCUGUCGGCAGGCCUCAGGACCGUGAUAUUGAACGCGAUGAUGGUUAAUCGUGGAAGAGCUCUAGGAGGGUCUAUUGCUGAAAUCACUUAAGACGUGGGAUGUGGGUGCUAGUAGUGAGGUAUAUAGUACUCCGAAGGGCUGUCUAGGUCAAACCUGCUAUAGGUUAGUUUUGGCUAUCUUUUUUUUUUUUUUUCAAGUGAAGGUGAUGCUGU